CCCUCCCACUCCGCGUGAGCGCUUAAUUGUCAGCCCCUGACGACGAACGUGGCUUAAAUAGACCGCGCGCGCCUCUUGCGCAGACAGUGGAAGUGACCAGCCUAGAGGAGCGGGCAUCUCUCUUUUUUGUGCGCGCGCACGUGUGUGUCUGUGUGUUUAUUUUCAUUAAAAAGAAAAAAAAUAUCCUAGGUAUCCGAAUCCCUCCAGGUAGGCCCAGGUGAGCCGGAUCGGGCUGAUUUGUGCCCACUCAGAAGCAUGCACGUGUCCGUGGCCGCGCUCGCGCUCGUGCUGCUGCUGCAGGGAUGCUGCUGCACGGUCGCGAGGGGAUGGAAGGUGCUGAAGAACGAUGCCACGGAGCUUUUACCGGAGUACAGGGAGAACACCCGGACGGCGCACGAGGCGAACCGGCAGACGCCAAACAUCAUCCAUAACAACAACAACAACAACAACAACAACAACAGCAUGAACAACAACAGGGCGAAAACCGGCGGCAGGACGGCAAACACAGUGUCUUACAGCGCCUCGGAGCUGAGCUGCAGGGAGCUGCGCUCCACCCGCUACAUCACCGACGGCUCCUGCCGCAGCAGCAAGCCGGUGCGGGAGCUGCUGUGCUCGGGCCAGUGCCUGCCCGCCCGCCUGGCGCCCAACUCCAUCGCCCACCGGGGCAAGUGGUGGCGGGGCGGCGCGCCGGACUACCGCUGCAUCCCGGCGCACGCCCGCAUGCGCCGCGUCCAGCUGCAGUGCCCCGGCGGCGGCGCGCGGACCUACAAGAUCCGCGUGGUCACCUCCUGCAAGUGCAAGCGCUUCCGGCCCCACCACAACCAGUCGGACGCCAAGGAGGCGCCCAAGGCCCAGCGGGGCCGCAAGCAGGACCGCAGCAAGAACAGCACGCCGCUGACCGCCAACUCCUACUGA